UCGCCUUCUUCUUGUUCGCUGUCUUCAUCGCAAUCUUCUUGGUUGGGUUUCUUUUUGCGGCCAUGUUCUCCACGUUUCGGCUCACGUUCAGGCUUGCGCUUUGCUUUGCCUUCAGGUUUGUGCGCAGGCUCGCUUUCUGGAUCGCGUUCUACUUCAGGUUCUGCGUUGUUCUCUUCGUCUCCGCCGUGUUCGUCUUCAUUGUCUUCAUCGCAAUCUUCUUGGUUGCGUUUGCGUCUGUCUUUUUCACGUUUCGGCUCAGGUUCAGGUUCAGCUUCACGUUCGUGUUCGCGUUCAUCUUCACGCUCUGGUUCGCUGUCUGGGUCGGUCUCUAG